CUGAAAACACUUCUCUGUUCAGGGGGAGCGCGUGAGGAAUUUAUUGCAUCAGGUGAAACUCUGAGUUUAGAAUCUUUCCAUUAGUGACUGAAAUGAUGCAGCUUAUGAAAUUGACAUUACACGGUGUGUACUUUUAAGAGUGAAAAAAUACUUACUCUCACAAUGGAAAAGAAUAUGACUGCAAAAUUUCCACCAUUUAACCAGACGCCUGCCUUUGUUGCUAAUGGCACCGUCUCUUUCCGAUCAUGGAACGACAGUGCCGUUUCCUACCGUGAAGAGAGUGUGGAUUUGUCCCCUGGUUUGGAAGUCCUGGCAACUAUUUCUGUCACAUAUGCUCUUAUCAUUUCAGUUGGUCUCCUAGGGAACAUCAUACUUAUCAAAGUAUUUUUCAAGAUUAAGUCCAUGCAAACGGUUCCCAAUAUUUUCAUCACCAGCCUUGCUUUCGGAGAUUUGCUUCUUCUGCUGACAUGUGUUCCAGUGGACGCCUCUAGGUAUAUGGUGGACACAUGGCUUUUUGGAAGGAUUGGCUGCAAAGUCAUCUCUUUUAUACAGCUCACAUCUGUUGGUGUAUCUGUAUUUACAUUGACUGUGCUUAGUGCUGACAGAUACAGAGCUAUAGUGAAGCCUUUGGAGCUGCAAUCAUCAGAUGCAGUAUUGAAGACAUGCGGUAAAGCUGCUUGUGUUUGGAUAAUUUCCAUGUUACUGGCGACUCCAGAAGCAGUGUUCUCAGAUCUGUAUGAAUUCAGCAGCCCAGACAACAACUCAUCCUUUCAAGCUUGUGCCCCGUACCCUGUCUCUGAAAAAAUAUUACAAGAGGCUCAUUCCUUGAUGUGCUUCCUGGUGUUUUACAUCGUACCGCUGUCAAUCAUUUCUGCCUACUAUUUCCUCAUCGCUAAAACACUCUACAAGAGCACAUUUAACAUGCCAGCUGAGGAGCACACUCAUGCACGCAAGCAGAUUGAAUCCCGAAAAAGAGUGGCAAAAACAGUACUCGUGUUUGUUGCUCUGUUUGCUUUCUGCUGGCUGCCUAACCAUAUCCUUUACUUGUAUCGAUCCUUCACCUACGACACUACAGUAAAUUCCUCUGUGCUCCACCUCUCUGCCACCAUUUUUGCCCGUAUAUUGGCAUUCAGCAAUUCCUGUGUGAACCCCUUUGCUCUGUACUGGCUCAGCAGAAGCUUUAGGCAGCAUUUCAAAAAACAGAUAUACUGCUGCAAGAUGCCUCCGCCACCCACCCAUCCAAGCCCAACUCACAGCAGCACUACUGGAAUCACAGCCAUUAAAGGAAACAUGCAGGUGUCUGAAAUAAGCAUUGGCCUAUUAGGAGCCUAUGACAUGAAGAGAGAAACUGACAUUGUUUAGUUAUGUUAGAAAAGGAAAGAACUG